AGUUAGCGUUAGUUGUUACAUUAGUUAGACAGAAAUGAACUAGCUUGCUGUAUUCAUGGACUAUUGCUCAGUGUUUUUUGCGACAUUGUGACAUCGAGAGUAUUUUUUAACACUACAGAGAAGCUGGGUUUCUGACUUUAACGCUCAAACGUCGGCGUUUCUCUUGUUAUUUUCUUAGCAAACACCUAACUAGUUAACGGUAGCAGCUAAUUAGCAUUGUAAGUAAGGCAGUUACCUGAAUAUGUCCUCCGCUGGCAGCACAGAGGAUGUUCUACAGCGGGCCAACCAGUACUGGUCCAUGCUGGAUGAUCUCUCUGAAAAUGACCCUGCUGCUUACCGCAGGUUCAUAGAGAAACAGAUGAAGAAAGGAGCAGAGUUCAGCUCACCGCCUGAACUCCACUCAUGUCUGUGCACCGAAAUACUAGAACCAAAGAAAGGCUGGAUGUACAUUAACAUAUGCAGCUGGAAGCGUGUGCCUGCAUCUCAGGAUCCCAGCAGGCCUUUACCUGUGUGUGCAGGAAAACUGGAAACAGGCACAAAUGAAGGCUGGUUUGCUGUGUUGGAUGUGGCUUUCAAUCCUGCAGUGCUGCAGGAAACCACGGAAGAGCAAACUCACAUGAACCAGCUUUAUAUGCUGGCCCUAAGCUUUGCUCAGCAGCAGCAUGGGAUGAGGUUAUCUCAGCAAUACAGUGUCAUAAACUGGAGCCCAAAAAGUAGCCCAGAUGAGCUGCACCGCCGUCUUGGGUUUCAGAAGUGGUCCAAUUCCUCCAAACAACCAGACACAGCCGGUCAGACACCAGCUGCCCUCCUGCAGCAAUUCUUCACUCUGCGAGCAAAGGAACAAGACGAGGACUCAGCAGCCCAAAUUAUCCAUAGACCUGCAGAGCACAUAAAGAAGGAUUUGAUCCAAGUCAUCUCUACCACUUUUGUGGAGCCACAGAAGCCAGACUACCAACUUGAGGUGAAGACGGAUACAGCAGGAGCUGCUCGCAGCAUGGAGCUGACAGUGGAGCUGCCAAAGGUUUGCUCCAUGUCAAAGUGCCAGCUGAGAAUGUCUAAGGACGACGUCUUGUUGGAAGUGGAGGAUGUUUACUAUUUGCUUCUGAAGCUUCCAAAAACUGUAAAUGAAGACACAGCAUCUGCCGUCUUUAAUAGGAAGAAACGAAGGCUUACUUUAAAAGUGGAUGUUUUGUGAUCAUUUGCCUUAAUGGAGAAACAAAUGUACCCGGAGGCGAGGAGAAAAUUCUGACAUUGAAAAUACCUCAAAGUAAAUAAUACAAGCAAACAAAAUUCCUUUUAUGCAAUGGAAAAAAGCAUUGAGAUCAUAUUAUUCUGUGAAGGGACCCAUCCUCUGCCUCAAAACUCGAGGUAACAAACAGCUGCCUGUAAAUUGAUCCAUUUCCAACAGCAAAAUGUUUUUGUAAAACAAAUAUGCGACAGUGUCCCUUUGUGCCGUGUGGGCUGAUGUGCAGCAGCAAAUUUAAUUCUUAACCUAAAAAAAAAAAUUAAUUGACUUUAA